UCGAGAGACUAGGUGCAUUAGACUUACAUACAUUUCUAGGCAUUUUCCAACGAACAUAAGCUGUCGUGGGCCUUGUCGAAAAAAGGAUCACCGCUGCUACCCGUCAUGGAUCCCGUCAACUUAGACCAGGUAGCCAGGGCCGUGCUUAGAUCCAUCCAUCGAAAUUUUUGAUAUUGAGUCAACGAUCGCCUUAGCCUGCCGAAUUCGCAGCUCAAAAUGGGACCAUUGAUGGUGAUUUCUUCCCCCCCAACAAAUAGCUAUGACUCGUUCCCUAUCAAGGAAUUGCCAAGCCUGUAACUGAAUUCUAUCUUGGUAAAUUCUGGGGUCGUUUUUGUAGAUAGUUCGUCGAGUCCGGAGUCGGAGGCCGAAGUCUUGUAAGUGAAUCACUGUUUUUGUGAUAGGCACGGCUGGGUGCAUGCCCGAGUUAAGAUUUUGCUUUUUGUAUGGGAGAACGGUAUUUCGAAGUGAGUCAAAUUCGUAGUAUAUAAUAUAUGUUAUUUCCCUUUGACCAUUUGCUCAAACUCAAACACUUGCACACACCGAAGCCUGCUGCUCAACAUCACCAUUUCUCUUCAUCUUGGCCAAAUAACGGCACACCUCACAACAAAACGACUUCACAAUGUCAAAAGGCCGUGUUUGUCUUGCCUAUUCUGGAGGUCUCGAUACCUCGACUAUCUUAAAAUGGCUCAUUCUCGAGGGCUAUGAGGUUGUGUGCUUCCUCGCCGAUGUUGGUCAGGUCGAGGACUUCGAUGCUGUCGAAAAGAAGGCCCUCGCUCUCGGCGCGGAGCGCAUGAUCAUCGAGAACCUUCAGAAGGAGUUCGUCGAGCAGAUCGUUUUCCGAGCAAUCCAGUGCAAUGCCAUCUAUGAGGACCGAUACCUCCUUGGAACUGCUCUGGCCCGACCUGUCAUCGCUCGCGCCCAGGUCCGCGUUGCUGAGAAGUACAACUGCAAUCUUUUGAGCCACGGCUGCACAGGCAAAGGCAACGAUCAAGUUCGUUUCGAGCUCGCCUUCAAGGCUUGCAACCCUUCCAUUAAGGUCAUCGCCCCCUGGCGACUCCCCGAAUUCUGUGAGAAGUUCCAGGGUCGACAGGACCUCCUCAAGUUCGCCGCCGAGAACAACAUCCCUGUUUCAUCGACCCCCAAGGCUCCUUGGAGCCAAGACGAGAACCUCGUUCAUUGCUCGUACGAGGCUGGUAUUCUCGAAGACCCCGAUCACACUCCUCCUAAGGACCUUUGGACCCAGACUGUCGAUCCUCUUGAGGCUCCUGACAAGCCUCUCGACUUCACCGUGUACUUCGAGAAGGGUCUCCCUGUCAAGGUUGCUACCCCUGACCAAGAGGCUACCGACUCGGUAGAGCUGUUCAAGCUGCUUAACAAGAUUGGUCACGACCACGGCGUCGGCCGAAUUGACAUUGUCGAGAACCGAUGGAUUGGGCUCAAGAGCCGAGGAUGCUACGACACCCCUGGUCUCACCAUCGCCCGCCUUGCUCACGUCGAUCUCGAGGGUCUUGUCCUCGACUCCAAGGUCCGCAAGCUUCGAGAUCAAUUUGUGACUAUCGAGUGGUCCCAGUGCCUUUACAAUGGCAUGUACUUCUCCCCUGAGCGUGAGUGGCUCGAUGAGGCAAUCGUUUCUGCUCAAAAGGGUAUCAACGGUCAGGUCCGCCUCCGUGCGUACAAGGGCAAUGUUUACGUCCUUGGACGAUCCAGCGAGACCAGCAGCCUCUACUCCCAGGAGGAUGCUUCAAUGGACAGCCUUGACACCUUUUCUCCCAUGGACAGCACUGGCUUCAUUGCUAUCCAGUCUAUCCGAUUGGAGAAGUACGGUGCUCAGAAGGCCAAGGACGGCCAACCCCUUAGCCAGUCCUAAUCGUGUAAUAGUAUGGGUGUAACAACAGUGGUUUGGUAUGGCGUUAGGUCAGGUAGAGAGCUUUAAAAGUAUGCAAACUUCCUUCUAUAUGGGAAGCGCAAAGAAUUGACUCAUUGAUUUGGACGCAAGAUGGAUACAAAUGGUGACUUGACGCUUUCCCUUGAUUUCUCUGGGAGGGGUAUCUUAUAUUCGACUAAUGAGUUCAAGGCCAGAAGCUGUGACUUUAGUCUCGACGAUGAGGCCUAGGACUGGCACUACGUCUGCGUCUAUCUCUCGAUCUCGAUCGGCGGCGUUCCCUGCUCCUAUCCCUGUGUCGUCGUUCGUCUUCCUCAGGACCUCCUCU